UUUUGAAUGAAAAAAGAGUAGCGACAGACGUCCCGCGAUGUAAACUCCAUUUCGUUCGCGUGACUUUCAUUAUAUUUCCUUACAACGAGAUAAUUUACUAUUGCAAUAUACACCUAAUACCUAUACUAAUAAGAUAGUAAUUUUAAUAAAUAAUGUGAACUGUGAAAUAAUUUAUUAAUACCAGUGCAUAUCGACAGAGGUUUUCCUGAAUACUAAUUAAUUUUAGAUAUCUAUGCAAUAUUUGACAAGGUUAAAUAAUUUAAUGUGAAAAAUAUUAAAAUACAAAGUGUUGUGAAUGGGGUUUCAAAAACUGUGUUUUGUUAGUGGACAAUUAAUAUUGUUGGUGAUAUUUUGUAUUUAUGUGAAACCAGUAACCAUGGUUGGGUUUUUCGAACGUGAGGAGUACUGCGGUGUUUUGUUGAGUCAAUAUGAUCCCCAUUUGCUGGACACUUUCAAAUUGGAAAUGUCGCAAGGAAUCGAGAGGUUUUUCUUGUUAUCCUACUGCCUGGCAUGUUGCUGGCCCGGGCUGGGUGCCAAGUCUGACCUGCGAGUGGUGAGACAAUGGGCAGAACUGGACUUCGUGUUCCCCAGCGAAGAAGCCAAACAAAUAGCUAUUGAAAAGCGCUACUAUGUACCUGGAAUGUCUGUGCCCAUAGACGUCGAUGUGCAUCAUAGGCAAGGCCCAUAUCCAUCCCGUAUCUUCGUGACAAACCCUAGGUUCGACGAAGGUCGGCCGAUCACAUUGGGUACCGUGGAUGAAACCGGCAAGAUUGUCGCCUACCCAGACUACUCCUGGCAUGACAACCAGGGAUUCAACUGCGGCGGCAUGACCUCCGUGUUCAGAGUUGCUAUUGAUGAAUGUCAGCGGCUCUGGGUGAUGGACGCCGGUAAAAUAGGAGACAAGCAGGUGUGUCCGCCUCAACUGCUCGCCUUCGACCUGACAACCGACCAGCUCAUCUACCGCCACGUUGUCAACGCCUCCAACUAUGUAGAAUCAUCCCUGUAUAUCACUCCUAUCGUGGACGUGCGACCCCGUGGGCCUGGUGACUGCGCAAACACGUACGUGUAUGUAGCCGAUGUGUCUGCCUACAGUGUCCUAGUGGUCGAUGUGAUGAGAGACCAGGCCUGGCGCACCACACACCGACUUUUCUACCCCUUCCCAUCUCGAGGAACAUUCACAAUUGACGGGGAAAGCUUCGAUCUGAUGGACGGUGUAUUGGGUAUGGCUCUCUCCCCAUACCACCAUGGCAGAGACCGCUUCCUCUACUUCCACUCGCUCGCUUCCACCACGGAGAACGUAGUGAACACCAAGAUCCUCAGGAACAAUUCUUACAUGCAUGACCCUACCAUUGACCCGGACGCAAUUUAUGUAUUCCCGAAAGAGCGUUCAUCACAAUCAGCAGCUGAAGCCAUAGACCGCAACGGCAUUAUGUACUUCGGCCUCAUGGACCCACCCAGUAUACUGUGUUGGAAUACUGCCACCGAAUUCUCUUCUCACAAUUUCCACACAGUAGCUGCCGAUAGGGAAACCCUACAGUUCGCAAGUGGUGUAAAAAUCGUAUUGAACGCUAGAGGAGAAGAGGAGCUGUGGGUAUUAACAUCGAGUUUCCAAAGAAUAAUGACAGGAUCGAUUACAUCAGAGAGAAUAAACUACAGGAUACAUGCUGAGAAAGUCCCAAUUAUCUUAGCGAACUCUCCGUGCAAGAAUUCCCCAAAUGGUCAAAAAGGCUAUCAUGUGAACCUCGUGGACAAGUCUUCGGACGGACACACAUAUCGGCCGCACAGAUAUGGCAGCGCGUCGUAUCUCUAGAGAUUAAUGCCAUGUCCGACCGAUUGCUUAAGAAAUUUGUGAGAAAUAAUAAGCCAUAAAACAUUUAAGUUACUACGUUGUCAUCAUGACUUGUUCACAGACCUUUCUUAUAACUAAGGCUACGGUUGUAGCCAGGUGAAACCGUGAAGUGUCAUCUUAAUGUAAUUUAUUUAACAACUGACACGCAAUCGGUACCGACUGAAACCUUAGCAUAGAACGUUUUCUAGACGCGCUUAUUGUGUUUUAUUUUAUGUAAAACGAUUUAAAUAUUUUAACAUGUUUGAACACCAAAGUCAUUUCUUAAAUUCUAAUGUCCCGUUAGUAUUUCAAUGUUAUUUAAGUUACCUAUGUUAUGUAACCAAUUUAUUAUUAAAUAAUAAUACGUUUUAAACAUUA